GGAAGAGGUGGGUCGGCUUUGGGCUUUCCGGCGGGUCUGGGGAGCUGCUGGCUGUGCUGAGGUGCUCAGCCUUGAGGUCAGACCCAGCCUGGUGCAGCCGAGCGGUCUCUACCAGAACCAAGAGCCGAGCAGAACCGCCCAGCCCCCCGUCUUCGCCCGUCCCGCCGCUCUCCCGCCUCCGGCACUCGGCAGGAGCCUCCGGGGGCGGGACGAGGCGUCUGGCGAAAGCGAAACAGCGGGCAGCUCCGCUCCUCCUCCCCCCGAGCCAUGGCUGCUGCUAUCGACCUCGAGAGGCUCCUGAACGUCGUGGACCUGACCUGCACUUGCUGCCUGCAGUAUUUCACCGACCCGGUGCGGCUCACGGGCUGCACUCACAGCUUCUGCCGGACCUGCGUCGUCGGGUACUGCAAGGGGAGGCAGCGCGCCGACUGCCCGCUCUGCCGGGAAACUUUCGAGCUGAAAGACCUGCGGCCCAACCGGGAGCUGGCAGCUCUGGUGAGCUUAAUCCCGCAGGAGAUAAAGGAAGAAGAGUUGGAAACCCAGGAUGAACCGAAACCCUCCGCAGCUGCUGCUUGCAGCGACUGCAUCGCGGCGGGACAGCGAUCUGGGGAGAAGGAGGAAGAGAUAUGGGACAUCUCCAAGCAAAUAGAAAUGACAGCAGAGACCAUCCAGCUCUUGAAUAAAGAUCUCAGUAAAGCAAAGGAGUACACAUCUCAGAUCAAAAGCCAGAUUACUGAAGAUUUCUGUUGCAUGAAAGAGUAUGUUGAAAGACAGGAAAAAAACACACUGACAUUCAUUGAACAAGAGCAAAAAGCAGCUCAACAGAAGACUGAAGAGGCUAUUCACCAGCUCUGUGUUGAAGUGAAUGAACUCAUAGACCUCGAAGCCCAAAUGAGUAACUUACCUGAGAAUCAUAGGUACAAAGGCUCACUUUCCACAGUGAAUAGAAUUACACUUGCUGAGAAGCUCAAUGUUGUCAAAAGAGCUGUAAAAGAUCUUAAGAGAAAGUUGGAAUUUUUACUUUUGGAGAAAUACUCUCAGCAGUUCCAACCAGUGCAACCUCCAGACUUACAUCAGGAGGCAAAUACCUGUUUGGUAUCUCCUGAGUCUGCAGCUAAAAAUCCAGAACCAACAAUUUCAAGACAGUUUUCCCAGUGGGCAGAAAAUGUGACUUUUGAUUUCAGAAGAGUAUAUAAACGCUUAGCAAUCACAGCCCAGAGCAGGAAGGUAAUGGUUUCCAGCUACCCAACUGAUUAUGAACCAUCACCCAACAGAUUCUGCAUCAGCCAAGUGAUGUGUUCCCAGAGCUUCUCUGCUGGGUGCCACUACUGGGAAGUAAUUACAGAGGACAGUGAUGGAUGGGCUGUUGGAGUUGCUCAUGGAAUGAUUGGUAAAAGGGACAAACUAGGAAGAACAGAGCAUUCCUGGUGUGUAGAAUGGCUAGGUGCUAAAAAGCAGCUGUCAGCAUGGCAUAGAGAUCAAGAAACAUUAUUACACUUUGAUAAACCACUGAGGGUUGGAGUUUUCCUGGACCUGCAGAAGAAGACUGUGUCAUUCUACUCCAUCACUGAUGAGGAAAUACUUCUGCACGCUUUUGAAAUCAAUACUUCAAGUCCUCUUUAUCCUGCUUUCUGGCUGUAUAGCCUAGAAAGAAAUGGAUCUUUAACAAUAAGUCACACAAACAGGAGAUAAAGCCUGUUCAGAAAAGUGACAAUUUUCACUAUGAUUGCAGAGCUUCUAUACAAGUUUCAAUGUUUAGCACAGGAAUUUGCCAAGGAGGACAUAGCUACAAAGGCUUUCCUGGAAACCUGCAACUGAUACUUUCUCUGCUCUUCUUCAUGCUGUGCUCUGAUGUAGCCAUACUCCAUUAAAGGAAUACAAGUGUAUGGUAAA